ACACUACAUUUCACCUCACCUCCACCUCUUGCUUCUUUUUCUUCUCUUUAUUCUUCUUCCUCAACCCAACCAAACCCUUCACAUUAAUUCCUCUCCUCUCUUCUUCUUCUUCUUGUUUGGGUUAUUACAAUCAUGAGCUCCAUUGUAGAGAGUAUUCAGAAGAGAAGUUUCUUGUCAUCUACCCGCGUUCAGCUCCCUGUUUCCAACAACGACGCAGCCGAUCAACAAAGUCUUCGCAGGAGGCCGUCUUCUCUCUCGCUCAGAAUCCAAAACAUCUCUUCUUCACCCGCUGCAUCAUGGGCAUUUCGCAGAUCUAAGUCUGUCUCAUCCAUGGGAGAGUACGCCGGAAGCUCUAUUAGAAAAUGGUGGGAUUUGGGUUGGUCUUGGAUCUUAUCUAGAAAACCUGUUUUCGCCAAAGAUAUCGAGAUGAAUGAGGAGGAAACUAGGGUUCUUGGCUGCCAUAACAAAGGGAGCUGGAGACAUGUGUUCUACAAAGUCAGGUCUGAGAUCAGAAGACUGAUGCGAUCUGAUCAAGUGGGUCUUCCUCAAACUUACAGGUACGAUUCUUUCAAUUACGCCAAGAACUUCAAUGGCUGAUUAUCAUAUCCCUCUCAUGGGAAUAAAAAUCAUGAAGCAGAGCGGGCGCAAUUCAAAUUUUGUGUAUGGGGUUUUCUUUUUCUGUAAUUUGGUGAAAGUAAUUGUUUAUUUGUGGUUCAUGGAGAUCUGGAUGCAUGUUUGAAUAUCGCAAUUUCUGCCACUGCUAUAUGAAGGAAGUACGGGCAAAGAUCGUGUUGUUGAUAAAACUGAAUCAUUGCAGACGAGCUUACUUGCUGCUCGAUUCUCUUGUUAGUAUAUAUUACGAAUUGUUAUUAAUCAGAAUUUUAAGUAAUUAUUUGUUUAUUUAUUUUCAUUUUUUGUAUAUUGAUGACGUCAUUAAGUGCCAAUGCAUUCUUAUGGUGUUAUUCUA